AGAGGACGCCCACGACCACCAUGGCACAGUUGGUCGGCAACGUGAGGGAAUCCGAAGGAAGAGAGAAUAGCAUCGAGAUCCAGGAGCUCGCUCGCUUCUUCGUCGACGAGCACAACAAGAAACAGAAUGCGCUUCUGGAGUUUGCGCGUGUUGUGAAGGCGAGGAAGCAGGUUGUUGCUGGAACUCUGCAUCACUUGACGGUGGAGGCAGUUGAGGGAGGGGAGAAGAAGUUGUACGAGGCCAAAGUGUGGGUGAAGCCAUGGCUUAAUUUCAAACAUGUUGAAGAAUUCAAGCAUGUUGGCGAACAAGGUGAUUGAAGAGUUUGCUAAGAGUCGAUGUUCGGAGCACUACAAGAACCUUGGAGCAACUUAACGUUUCGAAUAAGAUGUAGCAGGAGCAUAUAGAGCCUGCAUUGUGUUCUCUCUAUAGAAAAAUGUUCUACUCUUAAUUUCCCUUAAUACUGGAUAUAUGAUGUAGUAAACUAAAUUCUU